GACAAAUUUUCCCAAAUCCCCCGUCGACGACAAUUUCGAAAAGAUGGCCAAGGAAGCGCCUGCAAAGACCGGUCUGGCCGUUGGGCCGAACAAGGGCCACAAGACCACUGCUCGUGUUGUCAAGCCCCGUGUUUCUCGCACCAAGGGCCACCUGAGCAAGCGAACCGCUUUCGUGCGUGAGGUCGUCAAGGAGGUUGCUGGCCUCGCCCCCUACGAGCGCCGUGUCAUCGAACUGCUCCGAAACAGCAAGGACAAGCGUGCCCGUAAGCUGGCCAAGAAGAGGCUCGGUACCUUCGGCCGUGCCAAGAGAAAGGUCGACGAGCUCCAGCGCGUCAUCGCCGAGUCCCGCCGUGCUCACUAAACGAUGUAUUUUUCUUUCCACAUAAGAAAAGAGAGAAAAAAGGACAGCGAAGAGCGAUUUGGGAGGGAUAUAUACCUUUGGUAAUGGCAACAACAAUAAAAAUGACAUUCCAAUGACAAAAGAAGAACACAAACCAAAACAUCUCUGGGCAAUCGAGGAACAAUCGACGGGGUUUCACAUAACGGGAUUCGGCGUGGUCAUUGCUUUUUCACAUUGGGAGGGCCAGGGCGGCGCAUUGUUAUAGCCUGCGCAAUUCUUUUCGUUCUUCGGAAUUCUGAAAAAAAUUCCUUUCAAAAGAG